AAUUUUAUAAAUUACUAAGCAACCAUUGAAAAUAACUGCUAUACUGAUUAUAGGUACCUAUAAUUUCGUAUUUAUCAUCUUUGUUGGUGUAAUAAUACAUUUUAUAUGCUUGUAAAAUAAGUGUCGGUACUCUAAAAUACAGAUCAUGAUUUCAAUAUCACAUUUGAGUCAUUUGGGUGCUGUAUGUUUCGCUAAACGAUCAAGUUUAAAUAUUGUCUUUGGAGCAAAUAAAAGGAGCGGACACAAUGGUACUAUAAGAGACGCCGGUGGAAAAAUUGCAGAACGUGGAACUUUUUUAGAAGAAGAUUAUUUUUAUAAAAAAGAUAAAAUACUAUUGGAAAAACUAUUAGAAGAUAUAAAGAAAUGUAAAAAAACAGAUCAAAAGAAUAAGACAGAAAAUUCAAAUAAUCAGAAAUAGAAAAAAACCUAAGAGAAAAAAUAUACAUUUUUUUCCUUAGUUUUUUUUUGUCAACAUUAUUGAUAAAAAUAUAUACUUGGUUUGCUUUUUA